AUGUCCUCCCCGGCCAAGGCCGCGAACGCGACGACGUCCUCGACACCCGCCCCGGCGGCGGUGCGACAAGAGCAAGCCAUACCGACGUCGAUCCUGUGUACAUGUUGUAGGCGCAAGCGCUACGUCUCGCGAGGUUGGCGACCAUACUAG